GGCCUCCGCAUUUUCCCUUCUCUUCCUCCUCUUCCUCUGCUUCAUUCCUCGUCUUGCGUCUCAUCGUGGUGAUCAGAACAUAGCGUCUCACAGACCUGUGACCGGAGUCCUGGAUGUUCGAUGCGCAUCCCUCUCUCCGUUGCCCCUCUGAAAUCCCUUUUUAAGCCGACGACCAACCGCCUGAGGCCUCCACGUCGGCCAUCGGCCACCGACCGUCCGGUUCUCCGACCUUUGCGACUGCAGCCCAGCCUCCAUCGAGCUCUGCUCCCCUUCUGUCGCCCCUCAUCUUCCUACCACUAGGUCCCCGCAACCGAUGGAGAUCGAUCCGCGUCUGCGUGCUGGUAGUAAUAACGGUCCUGCCAACGGCACAGCAGCCGGUCGCCCAUAUUUUCCACCCCCCGCCUCCAGACACCCCGAGACCACUGCCGGCCCUUCCGCUCCUGCAACCAGCGACUACCCCGAACCUCCUUCCCCGUUCUCCCCGGCUGACCAGCUGCGAUCCGCCGUCUCGUCCUCGAGUGGGCCCAGCUACUUCGGCAGCACCGCCCAGUCCCAGUCGGCGCAAUCCAUAUACCGCAGCGGACCUGAUCCUGGCUCUGCUCUCGGUACCACUUCCCGACUUGACUCCGUCGACCCAAACGACCCUUAUGCAGAGCUGAGACGUCCGCGCGCCUGUGAAGCAUGCCGACAACUUAAAGUUCGCUGUGAGCCGGACCUCACCCACCCCAAUGGAACAUGCAAGCGGUGCGCGAAAGCUGGCAGGAACUGUGUAGUGACCCUCCCGACACGCAAGCGCCAGAAAAAGACGGACAGCCGCGUCGCAGAAUUGGAGAGAAAGAUUGAUGCUUUGACCGCAAGCCUGCAGGCUUCCCAGGGCCGUGAAUCUCUUCCGCCGCCUGCGCCUCUCGACCCACCGCGCGAGGAGCCCGUGGGAAGGCGCUGGCUUUCAUCAGCGACGCAUGCUGCCCCCAAUGGACCUGUAUCUAUGGGGUCUCCAUCUAGCACGGCAGGGAGCAAAAGGCGACACAGUGGAGAGAUUAAAGAGGCCACCGCACCAGUGUGUUCCCGCCAUUCGAGCCCUAGCGAAGAGCAAGUAUUGUACAACAAGGCUAUCAAACAAUGGCGCGCCAUGGGAUACGGACCGGAGCCUCAACCGAAGGACGGUGCUGGCGGGGGGGCUGGGGAUAUAAUUAACAGGGGUCUCGUGAGCGCCACGUUAGCCCAGGAGGCAUUCACCAAGUAUACAGAUCGAAUGGCCAACCAAAUCCCUAUGGUGGUGUUCCCUCCAGGGACAACAAUGCAUGAGGUGCGGCAGAAGAAACCGAUGCUCUUUCAUGCGAUCAUUGCAUCCGCGGUCGCCACCAUCCAACCCCAGGUGCAGUUAUCGCUUCUAAACGACUUUUACAAGGUGCUCGCAGAACGAGUCAUCGUAAAAGGUGAAAAGUCUCUGGACCUGGUCCAGGCCAUCCUAGUUUGCUGCAAUUGGUACUCGCCGCCCGAUAACUUUGAGGAGGUAAAAUUCUAUCAGCUGUCGCAUAUAGCCGUCUCGAUCGCCAUGGAUUUAGGUCUUUAUCGAAAGGCUCUUCCUAAGUCCAGGCCUUUUGCUUUGGUUAGGGAACUCAUUUCGAAGAAAUCCUCUGCAGUAUUAGACCUGGAUUCCCCGGAGGCGAGAAGAACCUGGCUCGCAUGUUACUUCAUUGCCGUACAGGUUUCUAUCUCUUUGAGGCGUGUGAACCUCGUACGAUGGCUUCCAUACAUGGAUGAAUGCGUGGAGAUACUCGAGAAGUCGCCCGACGCCUUACCGUCCGACAAGGCCAUGAUCCAGUGGGCGAAACUGGCGCAUAUAAUUGAAGAAAUAUCCGUUCAAUUCAAUAGUGAUGAGGGCCCUUCGGCCAUGUCAUUCUCAGACCCUAAGUUUCUUUACACGCUUAGAGUCCUUGAGAGGCAAAUAGAGCAAUGGAGACGAGAGACAUCGCCGGAGCACUACUCUCCCAUCAUGAAGCAGUGCGAAUGCAUCAUCAAUCUCUUCUUGCAUGAAAAUGCGAUGCACAUCGAAUUUCACAAAGAUGAUCCGAAAACGGCAAGCGACGACCUCACAAGUCCUACCAGCCCGGCUCACAUAAACGCCCUGAGUGCCUGCCUCACGUCCAUCCAUGAUGCCCUCGAUAUCCUCUGCUCCAUCGAUCCCAAGGACCUAGUCUUGGCACCCACCGUCGCCCUCGCCCGAACCUCCUUCGCUAUCGUCGCCCUCAUCAAGAUCUACUCCAUCGUCUCUAGCCCGGAUACCCGCCUGGGCCAGGUCAUAGAAAUAAGCAGCUUGAAAACAGAGUACUACCUGGACAAAGUAAUCCGUCAUUACACUAAAGCGGGCGAAGUUCCCGGCGGCCGAACCCCCGCCAAAUUUAGUGUCGUCCUCACAUUGCUCCGGAAUUGGUUCAUGAAACGUAAAGACCAAGGCCCAGUCCUCAAGGAAGCGCUGUCCCUCUACAAGUGUCCCAAGGAGCUUCCCAUUGACGAUGACAGAAACCAGCCGCCCAAGUCCGGUCAAACGCCUCUCCACCUCCUCAGCGAAGUCGCUAUGGGUGAUCCCCAAAACCGCUCUGCGACCGGAGGUCCAGGCCCAACCACCAGGCCGGUCUCCUACACCCCUGGGACAAGCUACACAGACCCUCUCAGCCAAGCACCUGCCACACCUUCCGCAGACCUCGUCUCCCACUCCCUCGGCCCCAGUUCCGGUCCCGGAACAACCAGCACGACCGACUCCUCCACCGAACCAUGGGUUCAGUAUCCGCCUCCACCGCGUCAGUUCUAUCCUACGUUUGGCUCAGGGUACCAGGAUGUGCAGGGGUUUACUGACCCGAGUGGAAAUGGGAUGGUAAUGCCUGGGGGACCAAGUCAGGGAUUUUUUGUCCCGGAAUUGGGAGUGCAGAUGGGGUUUGACCCGGAGAACUUAUUUGCGCUGGGGAACAUGCUGGGAGAUGGGAUCUUGAAUUUGCCAUUUCAGACGGAUGGGGGGAUGGGGUUCUAUUGAUGUAUAGACGGGAUUAUAGGUCGGAGGUGCUUUGGGUUCCCGGUUUUGGCUGGUUAUACGUUGAUGAUAUCCCUACUCUUUUUGGUCAAAUAAUUUUGUUAUUUGUAUUUUACUGCCGUCAGGUGAUGGGUACAUAUAUAUAACUGGACAGGCUACUGG